GAGGAGAGCGAGAGAAACUGCUGCUCAGCUCAGACUGUGUGACUGUGAGAGAGAGCCUAGAUGAGAGGUUCUGCAGCUUUCACACUGCUGCCCCUCUCUCUCUCUCUCCACACGGUCAUUUCAUGACACAGCAAGUUGAGGAAGUGAAAUGCAGUAACAUGGGGUUGGACUAAAUGUGGAACUGUGACUUCUCUAAUAUGUAAAGAGUGCUAGGAAGGGAACCAAAUUAAGGAAGCUACCACCUAUCGCUGUAACUGUGUAUGUACCAUUUCUUUGCCUGUUCUUUGGAAGAAUGAUUUCGAGAGCUACCUAAGAGAGUGAAUUUGUUGUCACCUUUUUGGGCACAACUUCCGGGUGAAGCUGUAGAAGAAUAGCUGAAGAGAGAGAGAGAAGAUGCCUCCUCCCCCGCCACCCCCUGCCCCUCCCCCACCCCCAACCUUCGCUGUGGCAAAUACACAGAAGCCGUCACUCAGCAAGAAUGAAUCACAAGGAAGAAACGCCUUGCUGUCUGAUAUCGGCAAAGGUGCUCGUCUGAAGAAGGCUGUCACCAAUGACCGGAGUCAACCCGUCAUUGACAAACCCAAAGGUGGAGGAGGUGGUGGAGGAGGAGGUGGAGGUGGUGGAGGAGGAGGAGGUGGAGGAGGAGGUCCAGUACUAGGAGGUCUCUUUGCAGGAGGCAUGCCCAAGCUUCGGUCUUCAGGAGGGAACAGCAACGGAGGCCCUAGGCCCCCCAUGGUACCUCUAGGAGGCCGUUCCUCAGGCCCCAGACCGUUUGGUGGUGGGGGCCCCUCCGCUGGCCCUCCACGGUUCUCAGGGGCCCCAGCCUUUCCCCGGAGCAGCGCCCCCGACCUCCCCAGGGGACGGGCAGGCCCCCCGCGACCAGAGACCCCUGGCGGACCCCCUCCCCCCGUCCCCAACACCCCACGGCCCAACCAGAGCCGAGGGACCCCGCCUGUUCCAGGAGGAGCCCGGAUCCCCAGCUCAGCCCCGGCCCCUCCUCCACCCAACCUUGCAGGCAGACACCAAGGCCUUCCCCCUCCCCCUGGCCCUAUAGGGGCCCCGUCUGGGCCAAAACCCUCCUUUGGGGCCCCUCCGGUUCCCAGUAGUGGACGUCCCACUCAACCCCCAGCCCCCCACCCUGGCAGACCCUCAGAGGACCCCUUGCCCCCACCCCCACCCCUGGGGGGCCACCGGUCCUCCAUAUCUAGAGAUGGACCCCCACCGCCACCAUCUUUCAACUCCAAGCCCCCCAGCUCGUCUUCCUCUCGGCCCUCCAUCGGCGGUGGUGGAGCUCCCCCUCUUCCUCCUGGCAGACCGGGCCCUCCACUGCUGCCCCCAACGCCUGCGUUAGGAGACACCCCCAGACUGCCACAGAGGAAACUUUCACUCAACUCGCCGGCACCCCCACCUGGCCGUUCAGGGCCACUGCCACCCCCUCCCAGUGAGAGGCCGCCCCCCCUGGGUAAAAACUCCUCAGGACGGACGGGCCCGCUCCCUCCUCCUCCUCCCUCCUCAGGUCCACGUGGAGGCAGUAUAAGGUCAUCUCCAGUCCCCUUACCUCCUAACCGCCCGGGAGCAGAGCCCUCCCGUGGGGGACACCGGCCCCCGCUCCCCCCAGACCGACCGGGAAUAGGAGGCCCUCCUCCCCCACCUCCAACCAUGGGCAACGGCUUCCAGAACUCCCAUCCCCAACACGUUGAUGAGUGGGAGGCCCGGUUCCAGUUUCACCCUGUCUCAGACCUCCCUGUCCCAGAGCCUUACAUCUCCUGUCAGAAGACAUACCCCAGCAAGUUGUCCAAGACUGACGGCAUAGGUUCGGAUAAAAAGUUCCGGGGUGCGCCCCCACUACCCCCUAUCCCCAGGUAAAGGGGUCGUCUUUGGGAUGUCUCCCUCCCUCCCUCAGAGUACAUGGAUGUAAGUAUGUCACUUCCACUGCCUCUGUCUAUGAGGCUUAUUACACCUCAUGGAUGGACCAUAUUUGCAGUGGGACUCACACAACCAUGUGUUUCUGCCUGGAGUUGACAAAAUAUUCUCAUUUAACGAACAGCACCCCAAACCAACCAAAGUGGCACCAGAGGCUCCUUUUAUAGGCUAUGCAUUUGGUUUUGCUCCACUAUGUAGUGUUGAAACUGUAUACUUUUGUUAUCAUUUUUCACUGUGCCUUUUUUUUCAAUUCUGGAUUGUUAUGAAGGAUCUUUAUCAGACUUAAGGGAAACAUGUAUGAAGGAUCUUUAUCAGACUUAAGUGAAGCAUGUUAUGAAGGAUCUUUGAGACUUAAGUGAAGCAUGUUAUGAAGGAUCUUUAUGAGACUUAAGGGAAACAGUCUUGUCAGAUGCUGUGCCUGUCUUCGCCAAAGGGCAACCGAACUAUAGCAUAUCAGUUACAUUGUUCUAACCAUCAAAGGGUACUUUUCCAUACAAUCCAUGUGCAGUUCAUAGCAUGUCGUCAACUUUGUUUUUACACGGUAGAGACAAAAUGGACGCUUGUGUGUUACAGUAUGCGUUGAUUGAACUUUAGGUGAAAAUGUAACGUUUUCUUUUUGCUUUGAUAGAUAGAAAAACAUCCCUCAUGACAGCUGUUAGUUUAAUUUUGUAUGAUUUGAGUUGUUGGGAAGGACUCUUUGUUCUUAUUUUCUAAGUUAUGUAUUUGACCAUUUUUUACUCUACAGUUACAGUAUUAUCUUCUGCUUCUGUACUACUGCUCUGGGAUCUCUUCGCUACUUGAUAUUAACAUCAAGCUUGUCUCAGAACCACUUGCAGAGUGACAAUCCAAUAUUUGACAUAUGAAAGUAAAUCAAUAAAAUGUAUUAAAAUGUUAUACAUGAUCCUGAAGUUAUGAUAGGAAUGAGCUUGCUCAUAGUGUGUUUAAUGUAUGCAAGGAGGAUAUGAAUAUGGAUCAAAAUAUGCUGGCUGUAUGCUGAUGUGAGAGAAAGUGCUAUGUCAGUGUUUUUUUUGUUCUGUAAAGAAGAUAAUAUGCAUUUCUGAAAAGAGAAUGGGGGGAAUGGCAUGAGCAUGUGUGUUUGACCAAAGACAAUCGGCUGCACUAGGACGUAGUCUCAUCCCACAGAGGCAGUGUCUCAGAUACAACUUGCAUUGGAGGCUACCUGGGACCAAACAGCCAGAAACAUCCUGCAGAAAUGGAACGUUUCAAAAAGAGGACCAUUCAAGUUGUGUGUUAGUUCCUCCUUAGGUGACAGACAUAAUGAAUGACAUUCCUCAUGGGGACAUUUUUCUUUCAGUCUUCUUUCAGAAUUGAUUCUGUCUCUUUGUUCCCUAGUUAUCUCUGUUAACCCAGAAGUAAAAUCUAGCGUAGUUUGGUCAGCGACACGCAGAAACUGCCCACGGGAGAUUAGUUCCCUAUGACAUUUACAAUGGUACUGCAGAGUGCUUUAUGCACUUUGGCUUCAAGGGAACUUAUAUAUAUAUCUUUUAUGCAUUCAACUGCGUUUUGUUUCUGCCUUUUGAGUGUAUUUUCUUCCUGAUGCUUUUCAAUGUAAAACAAAGCAAACUAUUUCCAAAUGGAUUUUCUAAAUAAAGCAAAUAAAGUUGGAAUUGAGA